ACGUCUCUAUUUGCUUCUUCUGUUCUGUAUGCAUUCUCUCGAUUUCUAAUUGUUCUGGAAAGAGAAAAUGUCGAGUGAUUCGGAUGCAGCAACUGUGCUUGCUCGUGGCCGUUUGGCCAUGCUCACCGCUCACCUCCUCCCCUCUGCCUCUGAACCCGUUGAUGGCGUCUUCCAUCCUCUUCCUCUCUCCGCUCAGUUGUCGCCGGCCAACUUUAACGGCACUCUCACCGUCAUGGACGACAGAACCGGCAAGAAGUACCAACUUCAGAUCUCCAAAGAAGGCACUCUCAAAGCUUCUGACCUCAAGAAGAUAUCGGCUGGGAAGAAUGACAAGGGACUCAAGCUUUAUGAUCCUGGCUAUUUGAACACAGCUCCUGUUCGAUCAACUAUUAGUUAUAUUGAUGGCGAUGAGGGGAUUCUUAGAUAUCGAGGUUAUCCUAUUGAGGAGUUGGCAGAGAAAAGCACUUUCAUUGAAGUGUCCUAUCUCAUAAUGUAUGGAAGUUUGCCUUCUGAAAGUCAGUUAGCAGAAUGGAAGUUUGCUGUAUCUCAGCAUUCGGCUGUUCCACAAGGAGUUUUGGAUAUCAUACAAUCCAUGCCCCAUGAUGCACAUCCCAUGGGAGUGCUUGUUAACGCCAUGAGUGCUCUUUCUGUUUUUCAUCCCGAUGCAAAUCCUGCUCUCAGAGGUCUUGAUAUUUACGACUCAAAGGAAAUAAGAGACAAACAAAUAACACGGGUUAUUGGAAAGAUAACAACAAUUGCUGCUGCAGUUUAUCUUAGAAUGGCAGGAAGGCCACCUGUGCUUCCAUCCAACAACCUUUCUUACACAGAGAACUUCCUAUACAUGCUAGAUUCUUUUGGCAAUCGGUCAUAUAAACCCAAUCCUCGCCUAACUCGUGCACUGGACAUUAUCUUCAUCCUGCAUGCAGAACAUGAAAUGAAUUGUUCUACAUCUGCCGUCCGACACCUUUCGUCAAGUGGUGUUGAUGUGUACACUGCAAUUGCUGGGGCUGUUGGAGCUCUAUAUGGACCUCUUCACGGUGGAGCUAAUGAGGCUGUCCUCAAAAUGCUGAGUGAAAUUGGAACUGUUGAGAACAUUCCAGAGUUCAUUGAAGGUGUCAAAGCCAGGAAACGAAAGCUCUCUGGUUUUGGACACCGAGUGUACAAAAACUAUGACCCCAGAGCAAAGGUCUUAAGAAAACUGGCAGACGAAGUGUUUUCCAUUGUUGGCCGGGAUCCCCUGAUUGAGAUUGCAGUUGCCUUGGAGAAGGUUGCACUAUCGGAUGAAUAUUUCAUCAAGAGGAAGCUAUAUCCAAAUGUUGACUUCUACUCUGGAUUAAUUUAUAGGGCUAUGGGGUUUCCACCCGAGUAUUUCACAGUUUUAUUUGCCAUCCCUCGAAUGGCUGGGUACUUGGCACAUUGGAGAGAGUCCUUGGAUGAUCCUGAUACAAAGAUUAUGAGACCUCAACAGGUUUACAUUGGAGAAUGGUUGCGACAUUAUACACCAGUCAAUGAAAGGACUACAUCAGGUGAUGCUGACAAGCUCGGUCAGGUGGCCAUAUCAAAUGCAUCAAAGAGGCGGCUAGCUGGAUCUGGGGUAUAGCCUACAGGCUCAAUUUAGUUUUAUGAGCGACAUCACCAAAAGGUGAUAUAAAAUUCUCACCAAUGUAAAGGGAGAAUACAAUUCUUUGUUGAUGACUUUUUAUAACCCAAAGUUUACCUUACUAUGAUCAGGAUGUCAUGUCUCUGCAUAAAUAAUGCUACUGGUGUCCAUCCAUCACCUAGCAGAAGAACGAUGCUGGUGUCAUUUUGUUGAGCCAUUAUGUGCAAGUUUCAGUAUUUCUACUUUUAAAUUAUUUGUUAAUUGUUACAUGGGAAUAAUUAAUAGAUAAGCAAAGUUUACCUAUCUCAAGGGAGUAGUAACAUAUA